GAGCUCAUCCUUCAGUGUUCCCCAUUACUGCUGAGCUGAAGCGUGUUUGCAGAAGCGACGCCUUUUUGGAAAAUGGCUUUUCGAGUCACCAGAAGUCAAUCAGCUUUGGCCAGGACUGACCUCCCUGGGAAGACCUGCUCGGUUGCUGCACCCACCCAGCCUAGGGUGGUGUUAGGUCAAAUUACAAGUCUUCAAGUCAACAGAGAUGUCCAGAAAAAGAAUGUCAGGCCUGAGGCUGCAAAAAAGGCUAAAGUUAUCACAAAACCUAACAUGGUUUUCAAACCAAAGGCGGUGGUUUGCAAACCAAAGACAAUUGUCAUCCCUGCUGAACCUGCCCCUGAAAUUGUGGCUCAACCUGAGCCAGCAUCCCCAACGCCAAUGGAAACUGCUGGCUGCGAGGCGGUUGACCUAUGCCAAGCAUUUUCUGACGUCGGUCUUAACGCUAUCCCGGACGUUGAUGAAGAUGACCAGGACAACGCUAUGCUCUGCUGUCAAUAUGUAAAAGAUAUCUACAAAUAUCUUCGUCACCUUGAGGUGGAGCUAGAUGUCAGACCCAACUACAUGGAUGGCUGUGAGAUCACUGGUAACAUGAGAGCCAUCCUCAUUGACUGGCUAGCACAAGUGUGCGACAAAUUCCAUUUGCUGCAGGAAACUAUGUACAUGACUGUGGGAAUAAUUGAUCGCUUUCUUCAGUGCCAACCGGUCCAAAAGACUCAGCUGCAACUGGUUGGAGUGACUGCCAUGUUCCUUGCCUGCAAAUAUGAGGAAAUCUAUCCCCCAGAGAUCUCAUCCUUUGCCGCUGUGACAGACAAGACUUACACGACUGCUCAAAUCAGAAACAUGGAGAUGAAAAUUCUGCGAGUGCUCAAGUUUAAGCUCGGCCGCCCUCUUCCCUUGCAGUUCCUCAGAAGGGCUUCUAAAGUGCAUGGGGUAACUGCUGAGCAACACACCCUGGCAAAAUAUUUCCUGGAGCUGACCAUGGUUGAUUAUGAAAUGGUUCAUUUCCUACCUUCUAGGGUGGCAUGUGCUGCUUUAGCACUUGCACUGAAGGUCCUGGGUGUUGGGGAAUGGGAUGCGAUACUGCAGCACUACAUGGACUACACAGCAGAUAGUUUGAUUCCUGUCAUGGCACACAUUGCUAAGAAUGUUGUCAACGUGACUGAAGGGCUGACAAAACACAUGACCAUCAGAGCCAAAUAUUCCAGCUCAAAACACAUGAAGAUGGCAAAAAGGUCUGAACUCAAAUCUUCUUUCAUUAAAGAUGUUGCAAAGCAGUGUAGCCUGUAUGGCGCAUUGUGCUGACUUGUACAAACUUUGAUGUGACUGUAUGGGAUUUGAUUGAGUUUUUUUUAACCAAAUGUCUUACUUUUUUUUUUUUUAACUGUUGACUUAGCUACCCCAAAUCAGCUACCACCAGUUCACAUGUUUGGCAUUUGUAAAGAAGGUAUUCUGGCCAUUAACAUAUUGUAUUACAUGUAAAGUUUCUUAUCUUAUUAAUGUAUGGAAAAUGACGUGUACAGUGCUUUAAAUGUGUUGUGAAAAUUGCAUUUAAAAUUUUUUUUAUCUUGA